CAACUCUUGGUUGAAGGCAUAUCUUUGCAGGGCACAGAUAGGCGCACGGAAACACAGCAUACUGGCAUACUUGCACAGGUAUGCGUACGAUGCAUUGUGCGGGAGACUUGUAAACAAAGGCUCCCAUUGAGUGGCGCUUGUGGGCAUUGGCGUGAAAACAGUACGCAGCUCUUUUUGAUCAGGUUUUGCUUACGUGCAGUCAGUACAUUUGUGCAGUCACCACACAACACGAAGGCAAAAUCCGUACAACAUUUGUGACAUGGCGGAAUCGCCAUUUCGUUGUUUGAAAGGAUUUGCGGUCGGCUAAAAUGACCGAUGCCAAACACGUCGUCUCUGGUGUCUCUGGUAGUGCCAAACAAGUUUCUGUAUGUCUUGUGCCUUAUUUGAGCCUCAUGGGGAUGAGAACCCCCUGAUGCCUGACGCGGGGCGCCGACACCUCACGUUGGGCGAUGCUCUCUGCUCUCGAGGGCAGAUGGCUGAUGGAAGACGGUGAAGGCAAUACCACCUUCGCUGUGAUCUCAGCCACCGGGGAUGUGAGCUUUGUAGAAGAUCCGGAAGCCACCAUGCGGAUUCAGACAGGUGAGUCGACCGACGCGCCGUUUGUCAUGGUCUCCAACGAGGGUGAGGAGCUAUGUCAAGGGAAGCUGGUGGAGACAGCGGAUGGACCGACCUUAGAGUUGGAAGGUCAAGAAGGAACAGAGACUUGGCGCAAGAUCAAGCCUGAAGCCCCCAAAGUGGUCUCCAGAAAGAAAGGUGGCUUGCCAAGGAUCUUUACCAAAGAAGGCCAACAGGGAUCUAACCAGCCGGAGCAGCCAGAGCAGCCGCCGCCAGAGUAG